GCAGGGGCACCCUGUCAGAUGAGCACGCUGGCAUCAUCUCCGUGCUGGCCCAGCAGGCGGCCAAGCUGACCUCGGACCCCACGGACACGCCCGUGGUGUGCCUGGAGUCAGACAGCGGGAACAUCAUGAUCCAGAAGCACGACAGCAUCACCGUGGCAGUGCACAAGCUGCUGUCCUGAGCCCUGGCACAGCUCUGCUCCUCCCUGCACUGCCACCCUCCCUCUGGAGCUCCUCACCUGGGAUGAAGGCUCUCCCUCCCUGCCUGCCUCUCCAGACCACAUUUCAGCCCUUGUGCUGCUGAGGAUGAAGCAUGGGCACCCCCAGGCCCUGUAACAAGCAGACCUUGCUCUAUUUGGGUGGGGCUCAUUUGUGGAAAAAAAUCAAUAAAUUAACUGUAAAAAUCUUC